CACAAUACCCUGCUGGUUUGUGGAAGCCCACCAUGUUACCUAGAACAAACAGUCAGUACUAUAAUUUGUUUAGCAUAAUCUCAAGAAGCUACAGAAAUUAAACGUAUAACACUUGUGUGCAUACCUAUGUUAUUAAUGUUAAUGUCACCGUUAUCUCCUGAAAGGACGACCACAAUGAACCGGUUCAGUUCCGCCGUCCCAGAUGACGAGUACCUCGCGGACAGCAAGGUGUUGUUCUACGUGAGUGAUGCAGUGAGCCAGCUGCUAGAACAUAAGGAAGAAUAUACCCAUUUUGGGGUGAUCCGCUACUUUGCUGAAUAUUUCAGCAGUGUAAAGAACAGUAACCACGUGCUCUUCAGAGAGUAUAGCUACAUCAGGGCCACUCCACAUAACAGAGCUUCCUUCCUCCGAGUCCUCUGGAGAUGCUACAGACAGAUUGGCAAGAGUGGAGACUUGCUCUCCAUGCUGGAGUACAGGUCUCUGCUGCAGUUACUGUGUCCAGACUUCCCUUUGGAGCCGGUGCAGAAUGCAGCCCGAAUUGUGCUGAUGGACGACGCCAUAGACUGCCUGAUGUCUUUCUCUGAUUUCCUCUUUGCCUUCCAGCUACAGUUCUACUACCAAGAGUUCGUGCACAGCGUGCUGGUGAUUUAUCAGGAUCUGUUGGCAGGGAAGAGUCCCAACACCGUCAUUGUUCCCACAUCCACCUCCAUCGAGCAGCUUCCCUCUGUGACUCCAGAGGAGAGUGGCAAGGAGCAGCAGCAGGACGGAGUGGAGCCGUCCACUCUGGCGCAGUGUAUAGAGGCAUUCUGUGACAGGUUCAAACACAGUCAUCCUCCCAGGUCCUGUAUGACGGAAGUGCUGGAGCAGACCAACAGAAUCUCUUACUACAGCUUCCUAAUGAGCCUGGCUAAACAUGAGGCCAUCAACCAAGCUAUUGGAGCAUUACCCAGCAAGGCAGAGUUUCUUAUUGACCCAGAGAUGGACCAGGAACUGGACAAACUAAUCGCCCAGAUCUCAGUGAGUCCUGGUAGCAACAGCAGCGGCAGUGCGGUGGGGGGACUGAAAGAGGUGCUGCAGAGGAAGGCCUCCCCCAGAAGGAACAUCCACCACAGGAGGAAAAUAGAGGUGGAAAGUGAUGGCUCCACAGAGGAGACAGACUCCUCUGAAAACUGACCUCUCACCACCCUGUGACAUCUCCACCUUCAUUCCCAAAUACACAGAGGCUGAAUGGACCAUUAUUUGCUCUAUAUACCCAUAUACUAACAGUGGAUAAGAGGAGAGCUGUGCAAGAGAACCCCCCACCUUGUGACAGAUCACUCCAGUCUUCUUUUGUUCCAGCAUUGCUGUCCAGAAGAGCAGUGAGUGAUCCAGAGGAAGAGCAGUCUCCUCCAGAUCCACUGUUGAUGCUUCUCGUUGUUCUCUAUGUGCUGUGUGGUCAUGUGACAUGCUAAUGCCCUAAGGCUGCAGUGUGUUUAUUUACACCCUAUGUCUGUCAUGCACUGAUAUCAUACCAUUCUGAAACACUAACCAGUCAAAUAGUUUUAGUUAUUGUAGGUUAGCUGCUACUUAAGCUGCUGCUUCAAAUGCUCGUCUUGGCAAAUGACUGGAAUAGAAGGUAGAAACAUCAGCCAUGUCGGUGUUGUAUUAAAUGUAAAUGCUUAAUACUACACCGUCCACAAACACCUUACCUAUUGGCUUGUGGACGGUUUUCCUGCUGCUCUACAUCCUUCCCUUUUAAAGGAUGGACACAACACUGAACGUAAACACUAAAGUUGUCAUGGAAAAAGUCAAACGUACUGUGACAACCGUUGACUGUAGUGAUGCAUGUUCUACACCUGUGCUGGGCUCAGCACGUUCAGGACACUGAAGAAAGGACACAUUGAACAGCUAGAGCAGGAACUGUAUUUACACUGCUAUUUUAUUUAUUGCCUUCCUAGUUGGAAUAGUUACAUAAACAUACUAUUUGAAUGUAAAAUGAAUAUCCUGACUUACACUGUGAAUAAAACAUAUAACUGUGAA